AUGGAGAAUAAUGGUCGAGUAUGCACCAUUUGUAAUAGGUUCUUUUCUAAUGGGAAGGCUUUGGGAGGCCACAUAAAGUCUCACUAUUCCAAAUUACCAAUCCCUCCAAAACCCCCAUUAAAUAGCCAAGUACCUGAAUAUUCAGUAGAGUCAAUCCAACAUCCAAGUCACUUUAUCACCACAUCUUCCUUAUCAAUUGUCAAUGCAAGAAAUAACUCUAUACACAAUCUUAGAUCUUUGAAAAGAAACUUCUAUUAUAACCUGGAAAACUUUGAUAGGAAAACUGUGUUUGAGUUUUAUCCAAAAAAUCCAACUGGAAAAAGAUCAAAACGCAGUCGAAGACAAUUCAGUGUGGUUGAAGAAAAAGAAAAGAAUACUCAAUUUAGUGUGGUUGGAGAAAGAGGAGUGAAUUCACAAUUUCACGUGGCUGUAGAAAAUGAAGAGAGUACACAAUUUCAAUUAGUAUAUGAUGAUUUUGAUAUGGAAGCUGCUAAAACCCUAGUUGUUAUUUGUGCGAAAGAAUGGCAACAAAUCGAAGAGAAAUACUAUCAAAAGAAGGCACAAAUUUGUGAAAAUGACACCAUUGGAUCUAAGUGUGAUAUUUGUGAUGAAGUGUUUCAAUCUUAUCAAGAUAUUUCUGGGCAUGAUAAAAUGCAUAAGGAAAUUAAUAAUCUAUCUGAAGAAGUUGGUGUAAGUGGAAACGAAGAUGAUGUUGUAAAUGCAUAA